AUGCUCCGAAUGUAUAUACAAACUGACGAGAGGGACUGGGAGCGACUCUUACCGGCAUUAGAACUCGCCUACAACGCCACGAGUCACUCGUCGACGGAGCUCUCUCCGUUUGAGAUCAUGAUCGGGCAAAACCCGAUCACAGCAGCGGACUUAGAUGUUGUGGGAAAUUUGGCUCCGACUCUCACCCCUCCCAUGACGAAAAUCUUCCAGCAGUUAUGUGACAGGGCACAAAGACAUAUCCUGAAAGCCAAAUGGCAGCAGAAGCAAUAUGCGGACGCCCACCGCCGCGACGUCCGCUACACACCCGGCGACAAACUUGUGCCAGAUCGUCCCAGGGAUCCGCUGAUGCAAGCAAAGGAGGCCGCAGUCGGCUGGCUGCCGGUACAAGGUCCAGAUGGAGUCCCAACGGACUCCUACGAAGUCGACUAUAUCCUUAAUCAGCGCGCGUCGAUCCCCCCCAACCUCCCGACCACACCCCCUUUCGCCAGGACGGGGGAGCGGUGGCACGCUGCCCAUCGGCAGUCGCACCACCUACGCCUCAUGCCAUCCCGAAACCGCAGAAUAGACUCCAAACAUCAGCAAGCGACGGAGAAGCUCAGGGGCGGAAUCGGGAGGCACGAAUGCUGGGGAAAGGAGGAUCGGGAUUACGGAGAACCAGGAGUACGGAAGGCAAAGGGAGAACGUAGCGAAGACUCCUCGGGAGAGGACGUGAGGGAGUUCAAGAGAAGACGAGAGUUUUCCGACCGAUGGCGAGAAAUUUCCGACCGCGGAGGGAGGUUGUAG